AGGAAAGCAUAGAAUUAUUAGAUGGAAUUUUAUGAUUCCGUCUAUAACCGGAAUCGGACUCUUCCCACCGGAAUCCAUGGCAGAUAUCGGAAAUUAAACUUUCUUGGAUACGGAAUCACUCUCCGGCCAAAGCUAAAAAGCCAAACUAGAUCUUUUUCAGACAAAAAAACAAAAUACGAUUUUUAUUCUUUUGUUAUGUUAUCGUUUAUAUUACCAGAAAAAGCAAAAGAAAAUUAAGAUGAAUGAAAAGGAAUAGAGAAACGAAAAUGGCUGAAUUUUGCUCUAACCCUAUUAGAGCUUGCCAGCCUCUGAGCUCUCUCUUCCUCCAUCCUCGCAUUCUCUUCCCCAGAACUUCUCACCAUCACACCAAUGUUGCGGGAAAAUCGGCUGUAAUUCGAACCCGGAAACAGCGGACAAGGUUUAGAAUUCUCUCCAAGUCGGAACCGGACUUCGGCAUCGUUUCAACGGCAGAGUGUUCUGACGGAAGCGUUGUAUUUCGUUUUGGAAUUGCUAAAGACGAUGAAACAUCAGUUUCGGGCGUGGAUACUGAUAAGGUUAUCGUUGAUGGCGAUGAUGCUGACACUGAAGGUUUGGUAAAUGAAAAUGGUGAAAAAUUGAGUGAGAAUUUGGGGCCUCAAAGUAGUUUAGAACAAGUGCAAUCUCAUUCUGAAGUAAGAGAAAGAAGCUACCCUGCCGAAGUAAGCAGAGAAGUCAGUGAAGAUUUUAGUGUAGUAGAGUCUGUAUGUAACGGUGUAUCAGAAACAACAUUUGAGAUUGAAACUACUGAAUCAUCUGGUGUUUCAGGACUGAGUAAAUCAUUGGUGGGAGAAACGACAUCUGAGAUUGAAACUACUGAAUCAUCUGGUGUAUCAGGACUCAGUAAAUCAUUGGUGGGAGAAACAACAUAUGAGAUUGAAACUACUGAAUCAUCUGGUGUAGAUGAAGUUUCUAUUAAUGGUGAUGUUCUCAAUGAAGAAAUACAUAGUAAAGGUGAGGAGAAUACUGUACAAAUUAGUGAGGAUAAAGUGUUACAUGGGUUGGUAUCUUCUGAUUUGUAUAGUGUAGAUGAAGCGUCUCUUAACAAUGAUGAGGACAUUGUUGGAGCUAGAAAAACUGUAUCUCAAGUUGAUGUUCUGAAUGAGCAAGUGCAUAGCCACACUGAAGAGAAUACAACACAAAUUUGUGAAGAUGAAGUUAAAGUGCAUAGCCACAUUGAGGAUAAUACAACCAUAAUUUGUGAGGAUGAAGUUUUAAAUGGGCUUCCAUCAUCGGAACUUGACACCACAACAGAGGUAUCUGAUGAUGAAGACGUUGUUGGAGAUAGAAAUACGGUUCCCCAAGUUGAUGUUCUUAAAGAGGAAGUUCAUAGCCACAUUGAGGAGAAUACACCACAAAUUUGUGAGGAUGAAGUUUUAAAUGGGCUGACAUCUUCCAAACUUGACACAGCAGAUGAUGUAUCCGAUGAUGAGGACGUUGUUGGGGCUAGAAAUAAUGUUCCUCAAGUUGAUGUUCUGAAAGAGGAAGUGCAUAGCCACAUUGAGGAGAAUACAACACAAAUUUGUGAGAAUGAAGUGUCAAAUGGGUCGGCAUCUUCCAAACUUGACACCACAGCAAAAGUAUCUAAUGAUCAUCAUACUUCUCCUGCAAGUAAUGAGGAGAGGACUGAUGUUGAAGUUGUUGACAACACAACAGAGGUAUUUGAUGAUCAUUAUACUUCUGCAAGUAAUGAGCAGAGUGCUGAUGUUGAAGUUGAAGUUCAAGUUGCUUAUCAGCAGACUAUUGGUGGAGAUGGUGGUAAUCUGCUUGAGGCAACGAUUGUGUCUUCUGCAGUACAGGCCCAAACAUCUUUGGAUGAGGAAAGGAGUCUGAGUGUAUUGAAUGAGAAUGUUGGAGAAAAGGAAACAGAAACUUCAUUAGCCAUUGCUUCUGAUGCCUCCUCCACAAAUUGCGAAGAAGAGAGAGGAAUUACAUCAAACAGCAGUGAUGUUGCUGUAGAACUGAUCUCUGAAGUUGCAGAACUUCAUUCAAAUGAAGAUGUGAUUAGUAGGGAGGAAAUCUCAACAUCCAGUCUCGUGCUAUCGACUGGUGCUGCUUUAUUGACUCAUCCCUCAAAGGCAUUCAUAGGUGCAGAAGAUGCCUAUUUUGUUGCUUCCCAAAAUUGGCUAGGUCUGGCUGACGGAGUUGGUCAAUGGUCACUAGAAGGAAUCAAUGAUGGAAUAUAUGCCCGAGAACUGAUGAAGAAUUGUGAAAGGAUUGUAUCCGAUUCCAAAGGCACUCUAGUGAAUAAACCAGCAGAAGUUCUUGUUAAAAGUGUUGCAGAAACACAAUUACCUGGAUCAUCUACGAUUUUGGUGGCUUACUUUGAUGGUCAGACUUUCCAUGUGGCCAACAUAGGUGACUCAGGAUUUAUCAUAAUCAGAAAUGGAGUUGUCUUUAAGCGGGCUUCUUCGAUGGUUCACGAGUUUAAUUUUCCAUUACAUAUUGAAAGUGGUGAUAAUCCCACCGAUCUCAUUGAGGACUACGAAAUCGACUUGGAUGAGGGAGAUGUAAUUGUUACUGCAACAGACGGCCUUUUUGACAACUUGUAUGAACAAGAAAUUGCUUCAAUUGUAUCAAAGUCACUAGAAGCCAGUUCUGAACCUCAGGAGAUAGCGGGAUUGUUGGCCGGUAGAGCACAAGAGGUAGCGCAGUCAUCAACACCAAGGACUCCAUUUGCUGAUGCAGCCAAGGCUGCAGGGUAUGUGGGAUUUACUGGUGGAAAGCUUGAUGAUGUGAUUGUCAUUGUAUCAUUAGUACACAACAAAUCCUCCUCUUAGAGUAAGUAUAAUCUCUUGAUUUGUAUCACUUGUUUUAUACCCAAGGAGAAAGAAAGAAAAAAAAAAUAAUAAUUAUGUCUAUAUAUCUUAUUGUUUUCUAGUUGCCGUAUUCAUAUUUAUGAAGCACACUUCUUGUAUAUUCUUUCAUAACAAAUUAAAAUAAAAUAAAUUAUACUGAA